GCAGGCCUUUCCUCGCCACCCUAGGCCCCUACGGUCCUAGACCCCUCACGAGCCUUCCACGACCUCUCUAUACUAGGCGAACCUAAACAUUCCAACUAUCGUACGCAUAAUGCCAAUGCGGAAAAAGGCACCAUGCCUGAAUGCCGUGCUCUCAUGAUCCCGAACCAACCACAAGGAAAACCGGCCCCCGCCCGUUUCGCCGCCGGAUCAGGGCAAAGGGGAAAACCGCUGCAGAAGCCACCACUCCCGCCAUUAAGUGUUCCGCUUCCGCAGCCACCCCAUGCUAUCCAGCAGCAGGACGAGCGGCCCAACCUGGAAGACAUCCGACUGGCGUCCGCCGCAACCUUCCUCCAAUUCUGCCGAAACCCUGGCACAAGAGCAGCGGCAAGAUUCUAAGACGACAGCUCAAAGAGCUGGCCCGACAAGAAGAAACUGAUGCGCAGACUGCAGCAAUUAGAGCGCGGCUGUAUUAGAAGUGAGCGCCUUUGUUAAUGUUCAAGACAAAUUGAACCUGAUACCGUGACGGUUAUCCUUCAGCAAAUGGUAACCUUUUCCGACGUUCCCACCAUCGCUUCCGGCGCUGCACGAUCACGGGUCCGAAUUGAGCCCUAACCAAAAAAAGAUCUCUCGACGCGUAAGAAGUCUCCAAGUCU